AUGAGUCCAACGGAUCAGGCAGAGCAGUCGGAUGCGGCCUCUGCACCUGCUGGUUCUGAUGCUCCGACGCCUGCUGCUCCAACAUCGCCCGGAGAGGUCAACCAUGCCAACGUCACCUUGAUCGCACUCACCGCCGGACUGGGCCUUGCGCUCCUCACCAUUGGGAUAUGGAAUGCAGUGCUCGUCGUCGUCGUUGCUAUGCUUUUGAUCUGCAAUCCCUGGGUCCGAACCUUGCUCGAGCUGCCCAGCGCGGAUGGGAAACGCGGCCUCAGCACCUUCGAUCCGGCCCGCUUCCUGCUUUCGUACACAGGCUCAUCCACAGACAACAGCGAGAAGGACGACGAGCCUGCCACCACCACAUCAGAGGACGACCCCUUCUUGCAAUCCGACCAACUUUACACGCUCACCGUCAUGCCCGAAGCGCUCAGGGACAGCAGCCAGACAAUGAUCCGCUUCGUGGUGCGCGACUUUGUGCAGGGCUGGUACGACAAUCUCACCUUCGCUCAUCCCAACUUUCUCGUCUCUGCCGAGGCCAACAUCUCCCACGCUGCCGCCAGCAUCUACCUCCGAUCACGCCAGCUCAAGAGCGCCAACAUCGCUGCAGAGAUGUUGCUCACCGUGCAAAGCGUCUUGCUCUCAUCUUUGCGCCGCCGCCGAGCUUCCACUCAGUACGCUUCCGCUGCUUCUUCAUCUGUACGCUCGACAUGGCCGAGCAACGCUGCUCGCAUCGAUGCUCUUCGUAAGGCCGUUCGCAAGCUCCUCUCGCGCAACUUGGCUCACGCCGAGCGUUCCAGCCCAGUGCUCAUGCUUCUUCUCACCGAAGUCGUGGCCAAGCAGGCUUGGCAAGUGGUGCAAACCAUCGGCGAUCCGGACUUCAUCAAUCAAAAGAUCGUCGAGUUGGCCGAGCCAGCUUCAGAAACAAGUCUCGAAGCGCAGACCAUCUCGCCUGAUGAGCUGGACCGCCUCAAGAGUCUCGACACUGCUGCUCUCGACACGCAAGCAGCCGAAGCUUUGCGAUCCCGCUCGGCAGCAGACAAUUCGAAUCCUGCGACCGCAGCUGCGUCUAGUCGCGACGUAAGUCCAGCAACUUCGACACCCGUCCGACACUACAAUGCUUCAUCACAAAAUGCAAUGCCAUCGGUGCCUCGUCCGCAGGUGCCAGAGGAGCUUGCCAGGCCACGCGGCCCAGCACUGCAAACUUCUAGGGUUGACCCAGUCAUCGCAAAUGCGUCGGCACCGCGGUCUGCUGGGCUUUCGCAGCCACCUCGUCCUCGAGUCACGCCACCAAGGAAGCAAAAUAGCUCGGGUCCGUUUUCGGCGCUAGGCGGAUUCGCUACUGGUGCGCUCGGAGCCCUGGCCGACGCAGCAGAGAGGGCAGUGGAUGUGGUGGGUGGAACGGUCGACGAGUUCGGCAACCUUCUCAUGGUGCCGUCUGAGUCGUCGACACGUAGCGGGAGCAACAGUGCAGAAGCUUCUCCGCGCCGCCGCUAUGCGCUGCUGUCCGAGAGGGAACAGAACGACCCGAAUUCCAGCAGAGGUUCGCAGAGGACUGACGUCGGUCCGAAUCGUGAUUCGGGCAAAUCGGCCCCAGCGUAUCAUCUCGACAUGCCACGCGGCGUAAAAGAGCCACCGCUGCCAGAAGUCCUCCGUCAAAGUAUGCGCGUAGCUGAUAAGACACCAUCGCAGCACGCCGAUCCGCAAGCAUUUGACAUUCCAGACACGCCAGAAAGGAGGUCAAUGGAUGCGUCCACCUCCAUCGUAGCGCCUGCGCCCGUUGCUGCUGCUCUGGAUCUCUCCUCCGGUGACAGCUUCUCCAUCGACGAGAACAACCAAGGUGAAGAGGUCUCAUGGGCCGCUAUGCAUGAUCUGCUGUCGGAUCGCACCUCUCCUGCCUACGAAGCGUUUGAAAACUUCCUCGAACAUCCCGGCAACCGCUUCUGCGCACCCAAUGAGGGCGAGUCGCUCCUUCGACUCCAUACCCAGCUCAACACUCUUGCGAGCAUCAUGGAGUUCGCUACGCUCGACGAGCAGACUUUCCGCGCGGAUGCGAGCACCAUCCUCAGCAAGGCCCUCGAGCAGCUGCCGAGCACGCUGCCGGCCACGCACGACGGCCAGCGCCCUAUCUUGGUCAGAAGGAGUGCACAGCAAGUACUCACGAAUCUGGAGUGGUGCGCAAACAUGGAUGUUGUCGAACCGUUGAGAGAAAACAUCAUUGCGAGGCUGGUUCAGCUGCACAACGCGUACCUCGUCAGCAAUCAAAGUCGGCCGCAGAGCGCUCAGUCGAGUCCGGCUAAAGGCAGAGUUUCAGAGACACUGCCACGAACAGAAUCGCCGGAACCCAAUCAGCUUCGAGCUUUUCUUGAUCGGGAAAACAGACCAAGCUUCUCGAGCAUGGAUUCCGAUAGGGCUGCGUUCCGCUACGAACCGCGCAGGAAGGCAACGGCUCCUGCUGCGACCGUCACUUCGCUUCAGCCAGGGACGCAGACUCCGCCACGAACUCCGUCCGUCCCGCCUGGCGCAGCGGGUGCUCCGGUGAUGGGUCCGCCGACCGGGCCGUCGAGGCCUAUGUCGGUGCCUCCUCGUGUGCCGUCAGCGCCGCCCAAGGCGCAUCAGAUGGUCGUUCCUGGUAGCUCUUCUUCCGCACAGCCUGCCGUCCCAAGCCAGAGGAGCAGCAUCGAUCGCUCUUCCACUGUACAACUAUCGCAGCCUCGCACCAGCACAGAAAGCUCUCGACCUUCUUCGUCGUCAAGCACGGUGGUCAGCGUCACCGACAUUAGCGCCAAUGCCGAGUCUGCUCGACCGGUCGAUGUGCGCACUUUUGAGGUGAUGAUCUCCGUCGAAGGCGUAUCCGAUCCGAGCGAUGCAACGCACAGUCCGGAUGGCUUUGUCCUCGUUCGACGCUGGCAUGAGUUCGAACAGAUGGACGUCGAGAUCCAACGUCAACCGCGCUCGAGCAAUCCUCUCCCGCGCUUGCCGGUCGUCAAGGGCAGGAGGAGCGUGGAGGUGUGUAGGUUGCUGGAAGGGUAUCUUUCCGAGCUGCUGGGUAGUAGGGCUCAGUUGGCGGGUAUUGCGGGUGCGAAGAGGUUCUUUGAUAGGACUAGGGCGGGGGCUACGGCGGAAGAUCUGAGGAGGAAGGGUGGGCCCGGGGCGUUUUUGGGUGGGAUCGGGAAGGGAAUCGUGAGUGGCGUAGGGAUGGUCGGGAAGCAAGCGGCAAAGACGGGAGCGACGGGUAUGCAAGCGCUGUCGACAACGACGGGGAUGCGAAACGAUGUUUCGACCGAUGGAGCGACGCCACCUCAAUCUGGACCUGCUUUGGAGGCUCCUACGACAAUCGGUCGCUCACCAGAUCCUGCAUCCCAGACGCGCUUCGUCCCGCACUCGCCCAACAUGGAAUCAGCCUCCAGCACAACCUCGGCCUUUGUCUCACGAACCAACUCUCCCUCGACCUCACCUUCUCGUCGACCGCCUCAAGCGUCUCCAUCUGCUGGAGCCAAAUCCGAACUGACAGCCAGACAGCUCGACAUGAUUCUAUCGUCGAUUUUUGCCGUUGCGGACGAAGCGUUCAACCUGCAAGGCGGAUGGACGUUGCGUCGAGGUAUGCUGAGGGUGUUGGAGCAGGUAGUACGCACUACGUACGCGACUUCCAUUGUGUCUGGGUUUAACAACUCGGCUGCUAGUUUGAACGUCGAUAAUUUUGCAAAGUGGAUCAGCGGGUUGACGGAGACCAUGUGGCCGAACGGUAGGCGGUGGGGUUCGGAGGUCGGCACGAGCGACGAGAAGAAACCCCGAUCGGCGGAGGAGAAGAGCAGGACCGCGGAGCGGGCUAGGGAGAUCGUGGUGAGCUAUGCACCUGCGCAGGCGGGGUAUCUGUUGGGUCCCGGUGGAAAAGUCGCUUGUGUCAAGGCGUUGGCCGAGGUUCAUGCGACGUUGAUGGAUGAGACCGCGAGUGCGGAUUUGGGUCUCGUGGUCGUGCUCAAGGCGUUGGAUAUGGCGAGCAGGUGA